UUUAUUCAACUCAAAGUACCUUUGACCUUCCUGUCCAGAGUGCUAGGGAAACCGGACAAAAACAUGGCGGCACCAGUAGCGAGCCUGACCUCGCGACUCCGUAUUCGAUUGAAACCCUGUCAAACAUGGUUAAAGCUGUUCAAAACUGCACUUCCAUCCACGGUCCGGCUCCAGACAACCAGCAGCACUGCGGGGGAACGAAGAAACACUGUUAUAGUAGAAUCUACGGAGGAAUACAAAUAUGUAGAAAGAUUGAUCCCACCCACUCAGAUUCCCACACCACCUCACCGUGAUGGCCCCGCCCCUUCUGGAUGGACCCCUCCAUCAGCUGUGCCUCCUGCUCUCCCUUACAUGAUCCGUCGCUCCCGCAUGCACAACAUUCCUGUCUACACGGACAUCACCAACAGCACCCGCAAGACAACACUAGUGCGCAAGAUAGAAGGAGACAUCUGGGCACUGGAGAAGGAUGUAAAGGAGUACCUGGAGCAGCUGACAGGCAAAGUCCCUCCCACAUCAGUCAAUGAGGUUACCAGAAGCAUUCGCAUCAAAGGCCACUAUGAUAAAGAGCUGAAAGAUUGGCUGUUGAAGAAAGGAUUCUGAAUGGAUGACGUCUGUAAAUGCAUUCAGUUUCAGACUCUCAGUUGCUCCUCACUUUGUAAAGAAAUGUUGUCCCUUCUUACAGCAGUGGGAUGUACAGAGACCGGACUUCCAGAGAAAGUAGAGUUCACAGAAUUACUGUCACUUGCUGUGAGUCCAUUGUCAAAGGGGCAAAAUUUCUAUAAUUGUAUGUUGAUGUGGACACUCUGCCUUUGUAAAUACCAUGAGUCCUCUUGCCCUUGUUUGCUGACAUGCAUCAUAAUAAAAAGUCUCUUAACCGGUA